GUGGAAUUUGUGAAGCGUAUUUUUGAAAAACAUCCAGACAUUGCAUUAGAGUUUUUUCCGAAGAACCCGGUUGUCAAGACAGCUUACAUGAAUGUUCUACUCAGUUUGAUUGAGACUUUGGGCCAGCCGCCUCGAGAAAUAUCAAAGGAUGAUCUGGCUGGUGCAUAUGGUUUACUAAGAUCCAUGAAAGAGGCUGGAUUUAAGUUGGAUUGGUUGGAGAAUAAACUGAAUGAGGUGUUAAAAAAGAAGGAGAGCGAAGAAGCUUAUGAGACUCGAAUGCGAGAAAUCGAGGAAGAGAUGAAAGACUUGAAGGAAAAAGUGUUGGACGUGGCAGCUCCUUUAAGGUUAGAUGAUGUUUUCUAA